AUGGCAAAGAAGGGCACCUAUGGAGUGUAUGGGCAUGGACACACGUCGGCGAAAUGUCGAACUCUGCGGAGGCCGGACCGCCUCAUGACAAUGUUUGCGCUCCUCCCUCCUCCACAAAAGGACCCUGGCAUUGACAGCACCAGCGCCGACCACCUUCACGCCUCCAAGGCUGAGAGAGCCAUGGUGACCGGGGAUGGAAAAACCUCUGAUAUGAAGAAUCUUCAUGUGAAAAUAGUAAAACUUGGAGAAGAUGUAAUUAUGCAGUGUGACAUUAAUGGGCUCAAAAACAAAAAUACUUUUGCUUGGUACAGACAGAGUUUUGGAAACGUGCCUCAGGUUUUUGCAAGACAGUUUGGGCAAAACAGUUACAUAUUUGCUGAGGGGUUUAAUAAUAGUCGCUUCAGUGUUACUGUAAAUUACCAUAUGUUUAAUCUCAACAUUAUUAAAAUAAGGGAAGAUGAUGGAGGAGAAUAUUUCUGUGGAUAUGUGGACGGAAGUACAGUAAAGUUCACAUCUGGAAUAUGUUUGCAGUUUGAAGGUGAAGAGAUGAAACCCUGUCCUACACCUGGAACACUUAACAAGAACACACACUCUGUUACACACCAGGGUUCAAACAGCAGAGAUGAAGAAGGUUCUUCAUCAAACAACCAUCAAACUCCCACCAAUCAGGCUGAUGAUGAAAAUGUCUUGAACUAUGCAGCUGUGAGUUUUGCUAAGAAACCUUCAUCCUCCAGAACAUCCAGAGACACGAGCCAUCAAGACGUUUAUGCACAAGUUAAAAUAAAAUAG